AAAGUGCAGCAAACUUGAGGCUCAUUUACUGCAGGCUUAACAGGCGUUGGGGCUUCUUUCUGUGGCUUGCAAGGAUCUCUGGUUUUUGCAAGAAGCAAUUCUGAGGAAAAAAUGGCCAACUUCUCCUUAUGGGCAACUUUUGGAUUAUGUUUGCUGAAGCUUUGUCUAACAGAGACACAAUUCAAUGUAAGUUGCAGAUAUGCAGGAGUUUUCCACGUUGAGAAAGAUGGUCGCUACAGCCUGACACGAAGUGAGGCAGUCGAACUCUGCAAAGCUCUGAACAGUACCUUGCCAACACUAGAGCAGAUGAGAAGAGCUCAUAAACUUGGAUUUGAAACCUGCAGAUAUGGUUUUAUAGUGGGACAUAUUGUUAUCCCACGAAUCAAUCCCUAUCAUCUUUGUGCAGCAAAUCAUAUUGGCAUUUACAAGCUUUCAUCAAACACAACUGGUCGGUAUGAUGCAUAUUGUUACAAUGCAACAGAAACAAGGGAUAAGGCAUGUGAGCCAAUUGAAAGGCUAGAUACUUCUUUGCUCAAUAAUCGCAGCAAAAUAGUCAUUGAUAAUGCAGAUGGCUCACGUUACAAUGGAGAUGGCACUCGUCAUAGUGGAGAUUCCUCAACCUCAGGUGUAGAUGAUGAAAAUGUAGGCAGUGGCUCAACACAUGACACAACUGCAAUGGAUACCUCCAUCAGAAGAUCCCCCAGUACCUCAUAUUUUGAAAAUACUACUCCAGUCUCACAGCUACCAGAUCAUUCUUCGGGAGGAGGUGAAAGGGAAUUUCCUCCAAUAAGUACUGAUCAUGAAUUUUCUACAGUACCCACUGACAUCUCUUUGGUGCCAAUAGCUGACGAUUUCCCUGAAAAAGGAGAUGGACAGCAGCCUACAAGUACUACUCCGGGGCCUCAUCGUGACGACCUGGAGAAAGCCACCACCCAGGCUCAAUGGAAUCCGUUCCUGCACCACUGGUGGUGGUCAAACCCCGGAGACAAGGCGCAAGAGCCGACGCAGGCAACAAGGGAUGUGACUUCAAGCGGCAAUGGCUCAGAUGAUGAGGACUCUUCAGAGGAGACGGCUUACCCAACAGCGUUUCCAAGCUGGGACAUGAGUGUGGCCGAGAAAGAGUAUUCUGCAAGUACUACUCCGGGGCCUCAUCGUGACGACCUGGAGAAAGCCACCACCCAGGCUCAAUGGCAUCCGUUCCUGCACCACUGGUGGUGGUCAAACCCCGGAGACAAGGCGCAAGAGCCGACGCAGGCAACAAGGGAUGUGACUUCAAGCGGCAAUGGCUCAGAUGAUGAGGACUCUUCAGAGGAGACGGCUUACCCAACAGCGUUUCCAAGCUGGGACAUGAGUGUGGCCGAGUAUUCUGCAAGUACUACUGUGGACUCUCAGCGUGAAACUCUUCAGGAAAUCUCUACACACCAUCACUGGAACCCAUCCUAUAUAGAUGAAGAGGAGCGGUAUUCUAGCACUGAUGGCAGGGAUAUUAUGAUCAUUAUUGAUUCAAUCAUCAUCUUAUCAGCACUAGUCACAAGUGAAAGUGAAAAACAUGAAGGACCAACCCAACAUCCACUAUUACACAGUGUUCAUCCUGGAUGGAUCAGUCAAGAACAAAGUCCCGCAAAUACCACUGGGAGUACUGAACAACCUGAAUAUACUGUUCCAGGUGAAAAUGAUAUUGAAAAGGAAUCUUCACAUACAGCUAUGGCCUCUGAUUACGGGGCCAAACAGAAUGACUCGGCACAAGACCCAUUGCUGUACCCAGGUUGGGACGAGGGAGAUGGUUAUUCUGCAAGACCCACUUUAAUGGAUAGAAUUAUUUCUUCCAGAGCGAAUGAUCAUGAAAAAAAGUCUUCCAGUACAGCUGCUGCCUCUCCCGAUGGUGCCCAUCAUGAAGACCCAACUCAGUCGCCUCUGCCUUCAGAUAAGGAACAAGGACAGGGCACUGCAGGCGUCACUCAUGCCACAAACACCUCCAGGGAUGAGGUGCUCCAUGGGCUGAAUCCUGCUAGUAGGAACGAACCUGAUGACGAAUCUCCACUGACGGGUACCAUCACAGAGUCCACGGAUGUUGUCAGCCAAGAAGAAGCAACCAAAGAGCCCCUGGCCCCUGGCACUCAGCCUGGAAGUGAAAGUGGGCGAGCAACUACCACGGAUGGUUCCCAUGUCAAUUUGAUUCCUGGAGUUUUCCCAGACGCUGAGGAUCACCUUAACCGGUUACCCGUCCCUGCUCCUACCACUGCUGCCUCUCCCGAUGGUGCCCAUCAUGAAGACCCAACUCAGUCGCCUCUGCCUUCAGAUAAGGAACAAGGACAGGGCACUGCAGGCGUCACUCAUGCCACAAACACCUCCAGGGAUGAGGUGCUCCAUGGGCUGAAUCCUGCUAGUAGGAACGAACCUGAUGACGAAUCUCCACUGACGGGUACCAGUAAGAAUAAUGGGUCAUACUCAUUUCACUCCCUGUGUGAAAUGAGACAUUAUUUCUUCUGCAUUCAGCUCCUCUCGCUGUCUUUCUUGUCCUGGGGGAUGCAGUAUUCUUGUGGUGGACUUGCAUUGCAAAACGCUCUGGUGGGAUCUGGACCGUGGCUAAAAUGGGAGGGUGUUGGUAUUGGUAGCCUAUGCAUUGAACUCACAGCUGCUUCAAUCAUCACCGUAACAGCUGCUGCCUCUCCCGAUGGUGCCCAUCAUGAAGACCCAACUCAGUCGCCUCUGCCUUCAGAUAAGGAACAAGGACAGGGCACUGCAGGCGUCACUCAUGCCACAAACACCUCCAGGGAUGAGGUGCUCCAUGGGCUGAAUCCUGCUAGUAGGAACGAACCUGAUGACGAAUCUCCACUGACGGGUACCAUCACAGAGUCCACGGAUGUUGUCAGCCAAGAAGAAGCAACCAAAGAGCCCCUGGCCCCUGGCACUCAGCCUGGAAGUGAAAGUGGGCAGGCAACUACCACGGAUGGUUCCCAUGUCAAUUUGAUUCCUGGAGUUUUCCCAGACGCUGAGGAUCACCUUAACCGGUUACCCGUCCCUGCUCCUACCAGAGCUACGUCUAGUAUAUAUGGUAAAAAAGGCUCACAUAUGGGAGAUCAUGGAUCCACUCCUUUCCCUGGACAGACCACAACAGCAGUAAUUUCACAACCAAGGAUAGCCCGAGUACCAGAAUGGUUGAUUAUAGUUUGUGCUCUUGUGGCACUGGCAUUGAUUCUUGGAAUCUGCAUUGCUGUUAACAGUCGGAGAAGAUGUGGGCAGAAGAAAAAGCUAGUGAUUAACAACGGCAAAGGGGCAGUAGAAGACAGGAAGACAGGUGGAUUAAAUGGAGAAGCCAGCAAAUCGCAAGAAAUGGUGCACUUGGUUCAUAAAGAACAGUCAAAUGACCGAACAGGAGCAUGUGACGAAUUCCUGACCCUUGAUGAAACGCAAAAUCAUCAGGAGCUUGACAUGAAGAGUGGAGUAUAAUGGCACUAAGUCGCCAAGGAGAUCAGAGCUGGGGAAAUCAAAAUCGCAAGGAACUUGGACAGGAGUUCACAGAUGCACUGUGCUACUGAUGUCUUUUGAACAUAAUUAAACAUAAGUUUUCUUCAUUUUUUAAUUACUUUAAAAUCAUGUCCAAGUUGCAAAAAUGACAUUUACUUUCUGAAAUAAGCCCCCAAGAGUUGCAUAAAUUUCUCUUUCCCCAGUUCCUACAUGGAGGACACUUAUUGUGUCUUUGGUGUUAGGAGGGAUACAAGUUUAUGUCAUUGUUCCCCAGAUGCAGUAUCUUCGCUGUGCGGAGCUACAGGAGUCACUCCACUUUACAGGCACUUAAGGUACUAGACUUGCCAUGGUGCAAGAAUAAGUGAGGAACAAAUGUCAAGAGUGAAAAUGAAGCUAGAACCAUAAAGGUCUCCUAUGUAAUGUCUAAAACUUCAGAAUCCUUCAGAAAUGCCUUCCAGCCAGGAAGAGUGGUAGAUGCUUUCAAAAUAGGCAAAAAGUGACAUUUUAUAACGAUUUACAACUUGAUCUGUAAUGAGAGAAACCUAGAAGGACAAAGUUUAUUUAUCACUAUUUUUAAGUGUCUGUUGGCAUACCGUAAGCCUUCUCGCAAGGGGGAAUAAAGACAUGAAAACAUGAGCUGAUACAUAAUAAACUUCUAUACUUUAUUAUCUCAAUCUGUACAGUUAUCCUUGAGUUUCUGAGGUGUUCAUUGCUGUUCCCCCUCCCUUAUUCACUGGUCACGAUUUGUGUAUGUUUUUAAUAAGCCCAUUAGUAAGGCUUAUGAGUAAAAUAGAAUGACCCCAGCUUAAUCACACCUGUAUAAAUCAAGCAAUUGGAAAUCAUCAGAUGUAUUCUAUUUUCUGAAGAACAGGGUUCCAGCUUCCCCUGCUCCCAGGCUUCCUUAUGUUGAGCCUAGCGAGGCUUCUGUUAUCCAGGUCUGUUCAUUUUUUAAAACUUACGUUUAUAUGGUCUUGUUCACUUUCUAUGAAUUCUAUUUCACCCACUUUUUUUCCCCCUCUGCUUUAUAAAAAUAUCAGAAGAAAUACAGCUUUCUUACUGGUACUAGAAGUUGAAAUUCUACCAAAAAAAAAAAUCGAAGAAAAUUAAAGGAAACUCUCCCAGCAAUGUAAUAUAGUAAAAUAGCUGCAGCUGCUUUGUCAUAUGCUUUUAUUGUGUGUUUAUAUGUCUGUUAUGAAAAGUAUUUGUAUUAAGCUAUGAUGCUGUGCAUUAUAUUAAUAGGAAUUGCCAGAAAGGAAAUUAUUUGCUGCCGGUAGUCUGUGCCACUUUUAAGAAAGCAUAUUGGAAUGGAGGGAAAAUGACAACUUCUAAUUGGGCUGCCUCAAAAAAAAAGUCUUAAAGAAUUUAAGGUAAUUGCAAACAGUGAGAUCUCUAUUAGUUGUAGGAUGGAGACUAUUACCCGGAUUGUAACUGGGUUAUUGAGAUAUUCCUGUUCACUGCUGAAAGCACUUUGAUUUAAAAUUGUUCUGCUAAAGCAUGCUAUUUUAUGUUCUCCAUUUAAGCUAAUUGGAAGAUGAGUACUCAGCUGGCAAAAUACUAACAUUAGCCAGAACUGAUCCUUUUUGGACCGUAAAGCACAAGAUUGUUGUGAUUAUAUUUCUCAGUUACAGCCCUUCAGCAGUUUUCCAUGUGUUUAUGAGUUGCCCUGCUACCUGCAGGCAGAUUUCCCUGGAGGAAAUUUAUGCCUGGGCAAUAGGACCGAAGACAAGCUGUGAUGUUAAGGGAAACCUAGGACACUUCCUAAUUUGCUGUAUGCCAGUACGUUUCAUCUAUGAACAGCUACAUAGCUCACGGUCUGUAGAUGUUCAAACAAGGUGAAGGCAGUGGGGGUAGCUGGCAGUACGUGUGUUCCACUGCCAAAUUUAGCCCCAUCAUGAGCACAAAUAUUAAUGCUGAACCAUGCUGAGGGAAGUCUGUUGACUUUGUGCAUUGAUUUCUUAUUUCAUUCUUGUAAUUUUUUUAAACAAGUUUUUCUAUUUGUCACUAUAAAUCGAAACAAACUGUUGAAGGCUGUGUUAAAACUGGUAUUAUAUACUUAUUCUGCUAAGUGUAGAGAUCCAGAAUAAGGAUUAUGCCUCUCUUUAAAUACUAAUUUAACUCUAUCAAAAGAAGUUAACUCAGUGUCUUGAGGCUAAAUCUUUCUGAAAGAAGACUGCAGCAUGUUAUUCCUCUCUGUAUUCAAAUGUUUAAUGGAGAAAAUUACUUUCCUAAUUUAUCUUACAUGCAGCAUCUAUACAAACAUGGAUGAUAUUGUUGGGCUUCUUUUUAUAUUUUUAAAUAGGGAGAUGCUCAAUUUCUCUUUACAGAGGCAGCACUCAUAUAUGCUCAUUCCUUUUAGAUUAUGUCAUGUGAUUCAUCUGUAAUCAAGUUUCAUUACAGUUUCAAAACUACAUGGCCAUUUCAUACAUGUAAUAUAGAAGGUAUUUGUAUUAAGUUCAGUUUUAUUGUUUGAGGGGUUGUUCAUUAUGUGUGUUUUUUUUUUAUAGAGAGCACUUGAUAUAUUUGCAUAUUUAUUUAACAAAUUAAUCAGAAUGAAAGAAAAUAUCUCUAAAUUGUAACUAGAAAUAGUAUUGCUAAAAAAGAUUGAAUUGUAAAAUGAGCUUCCAAAAAUAAACUUGAUUCCAC